AAGCGCCCGCCUCCCUUCUGCACCUGUCGAUCUCCGGAACGCCUUGGAAAUCCUCCCUGGGGUCUCCCGUUAUCGGGAAGAAUUACUCAGGAGCACGACUUCCGGCCUGAAAGGGAAACCUACGCCUUUUCCUCCUGGGUCGCUUCCUCCCCCGACGCCCGCCACGCGAGGCUGCGGCGCACGAUUGAAGAAUGUCCCGGGUUCCACUGGGGAAGGUCCUCCUGAGGAAUGUCAUCCGGCACACAGAUGCUCACAAUAAGAUUCAGGAAGAAUCAGAUAUGUGGAAAGUAAGAGAACUAGAGAAACAGAUGGAAGAUGCUUACCGGGGAACCAAAAGGAAAAUGUUACCUAGCAGUUCAAGCCGGAUGCGUAGUGAUGGUUUUGAUGAAGAAAGUCAAAGAGACUACUGGAAGCCAAGGCAUGAAAUUUUUGGGACACCUGAAGAUGAUUUUCUUAAGACUAAAUCCUGGAACAAGAAGCUAUGUGAUUAUGAAGCUAACAUGCCAGAUAGAUGGGGUCACAGUGGUUAUAAAGAGUUAUACCCUGAAGAAUUUGAGACAGACAGUAGUGAUCAGCAAGAUGUUAUCAAUGGAAAAAAAACAUCUCCCCAGGUAAAAUCAACUACCCAUGAAUCUCGCAAACACAAGAAGUCAAAGAAAUCCCACAAAAAGAAGCAGAAAAAAAAGUCACACAAAAAACAGAAGAAGAGCAAAAAGGAAACCAUAGAUGUACCAGCGGAUUCCUCAACUGAGAUUUCAGAAGAAACGGAGGUUUUCAAUACCAGGAAAAGGAAACAACCACCUAAGCGCAAGAAAAAAUCCAGGAAAAAGUCUUUCAAAAAACCUGCUUUGAUCUUAGAGUCAGGAAGUGACACUUCUCAGUCAGGUGACUCAGCAUCCAGCAGCUCUGAGGAUAGUCAGGAAACAGACACUAAGAAAACCAAAAGGAAAAAGAGAGAGAAAAAAGUUCAUAUCCCUGUAACUAAUAACGAAAUACAAGAAAGGACAAACAAACGCACAAAUUGGAAAGUAGCUACAGAAGAAAGGUCUGCUGAGAGCUCAGAGGAUGACUAAAUGAGAAGGUCCAUUGUUCAGUUUCCCAUGUGACUCUGCACAUUUACAGCCCUUAUACCUAGGGGUUUUGCCAGUGACUCUUGUUCAGCACAGGGGGCCUGAGGUCAGAGCUGUCUUGUGCCAUCUGCGUCAAUUCUGACAGACUUCUUCCUUAUAUUUUGGCCUGUUAAACUUGAUCCCCUUUUAUUAAUAGGGAAUCUGGUAUUUUGAUAUGAAGGUCUCUUGAAAAGAUUAUUUUUUGCAAUUAAUAAUGUUUAGUUUAGAGUACAUAUUCAGCAAAUCCAAGGACCCAGAGAGCAGAAUACAGUAAUGGCCUGGGCGUACCAACUGGAAUGUUGACUUUGGGGGAAACAAGGGCUGGGAUCAAGAGGUGGAUUGGAACCAGCAUUAAGUAGAAUGGUAUGACAAGGAACAUUGUCUUUCGCUUUUCGACCUGUAUAUAGCAGGAAACAAAAACUGACUUUUGUUUCCAGGCUUGGUACUUUGAUCCUUUGGUAUUUUGCCCCCAUAGGUGUGGUCCAGUUUACUUAGUGAGAAAAUGGGCCUAUGAACAAACCCUUCCUAACAUCUGUAGACAGCUAUUAUGAGGAAAUUCUUAUGCAAAAUUUCCCUGCUGGACAGGGUCUAUAAAACUACACUUAAUAUAUCCUUAAGUAUGGUAAUUGGAUAAUUAAGUGGUUUCCUAGUUCUAUUGCUGAAUAUUGCCUAAAUGGACUUGUGUUUGAAAUUAAUUUCUUCAGUUGUCUUAGAUAAUCCUCAACUAAAUGGGGAUUAAUUAGGAAAUAGUCAUGCUGUUUAAUGGGGCUCUGAACAGGAUUUCAGGGUUGUAACUGCCAUUUAAAUGUGUUCCAUGUUCAUUUCUAAAUCUGUUAGUGAACUUCUUAUAGUCCUAGAAACAGUGUAAUCAGUUGGAAAAUAAAACAGGCUUCUCAGGGACAUACCCACUUCUUCCCAGUCUACCUUUAGAUUAAAGCACUAAGCAGAGACCACAUUUCCCAACGUCAUACUAUGAUCCCUAACGUGUUAAUUCGUAAGAAACCAAAAUAUCACUGAUAGAAGACAGGCAGAACACAGGUGAAUUUUUUCAUUAUGGGAGAAAAGUAAGUUAUCUCCCUGGCCUCACUUUUCCCCAUGUGUAAUACAAGAAUACUUCAUGGUAGUGUAACAAUAUACAACACCAGCAAUAGAAUACAACUGUGAUGAUAGUCCACGGGGUGGUAAUACUUUGUAGCUCUUGCUAUUAAAUUUGUUCUCUUUAUGGAACAGAUUUCUAAUAGAGUGCUUAGGCUGAAAGUAAUUGGCCGGCCAGAGGGUCCCCAUCUCUUGAUCAUGAGCAGGUGCUACCUUAUGGGGAUAUUUAUUUGAAAUAUUAAUACUCUGGCAUUGAUCUUUAUCUUUGGUAUUAGUGGGGGCUCAAGGGAUAGACAAGUCUAUAUAAUUACUACCUCUUAGCCUAAAGCAACUAUUAUAUUCUUGGAGCAAGUGAAAUCCUUGUUCAAAGGAGUUUUUAAUUUUUUUUUAGCAUUGUUUCUGUGCUGUAAAAAGUGUCGUUCUGACUGCAAGCCGACUCAGGAAGUUGGGCUGGUGAUCAAGGCACCUCCAGGAACUCGGCUCUGUUUGGGUCAUAACCUUCCCCCCCUCCUCCAAUACAGCAGGCCUCUUUCCCAACUAAUAUGGCAUCUUGCCUGAUCUGUUUUUGGCCAUGUUUACCUUUUCUUGGUCAUUUGUGAGCAAUAAAGCUGUCUUCGUUCUUCACCUA